GUGUGGAUCCGCACCGCGGCAGACGUUGACGCCCGAGGUAAACCAUCCAGCUGAUCUCCGCAGGAAAGAAACAUAUAUUUCGUCCUUCAGCAUUUCCUCCCUGUUCUCAAGGACGAAAAUCCGACCAAUCUGGAUCUCCUCGGAUAUUGCAAGAUGGGCGCUAAUGCCUCACAGCUGGAGAAGGAGAUCGGGGCAGACCAAUUCCCUCCUAAUGAACACUACAUAGGCCUUGUAAAUUUUGGCAACACAUGCUACAUCAACUCCGUACUACAAGCACUCUAUUUUUGUAAGCCUUUCCGGGAAAAGAUCCUGGAAUACAAAGCCAAGAACAAGCGGACGAAGGAGACCCUCCUGGCCUGCUUGGCUGACCUCUUCUACAACAUUGCCACCCAAAAGAAGAAGGUCGGCAGCAUAGCACCAAAGAAGUUCAUUGCCAGAUUUAGGAAAGAAAAUGUUAAAUUUGAUAACUACAUGCAGCAAGAUGCCCAUGAGUUCUUUGUACAGCUCAUAGACAGCAUCAACGAGACUAUCAUGGAGAAACAACAAGCGGGUCGAAAUAGACAGCAAGGCGUAGAGAGUGACCAGCAGGGAGGUGUAGGGGGGCAGCAGGACAGCGGGGGAGGGGGGAACAACCAGCAGCAGGACAACACAUGGGUGCACGAGAUCUUUCAGGCAGUCGUCACCAGGGAACUCAAGUGCCUAAACUGUGAAGCUGUACGAAGUACAGACGAGGUGUUAAAUAACCUGUCGGUAGAGGUACAUCAAAACACCAGCAUUACACACUGCUUGCGGUGUUUCUUCUCCACAGAGACCAUCAGUGCAGAGAACAAAGUACAGUGUGAGAAUUGCUGCUCCCUCCAGGAACACCAAAAACGCACAAGGGUAAAGAAACUACCAACGAUUCUAGUCCUUCACCUAAAGAGAUUCCAGUUCUUAGGGCAGUACAACCGCACUCUCAAACUCUCGCACAGAGUAGUAUUCCCUUUGGAGCUCAGGGUGUUUGAUACGAGUUCAGAUGCUGUGAAUCCAGAUCGAAUGUAUGACCUUGCAGCUGUUGUUGUACACUGUGGAACAGGCAUCAACAGAGGUCAUUAUAUUGCUAUUGUCAAGUCACACAGAUUUUGGUUGCUCUUUGAUGAUGAUGCAGUGGAUAAAAUUGAUCCUUCUGUCAUGGAGGAAUUCUAUGGGCUCACAUCAGAGAUUCAGAAGUCAUCAGAAACAGGCUACAUCCUGUUCUACCAGGCCCGAGACCCAACGUAACUCCCACUUAAGUGCCCAAGCAGGCAAGAGUCCACAGGUCACGUCCAGCCGAACCUUCGGAGGAGACUGACAAGGGGAAAUAGUCACUUGACGAGCAGAGAGGACUCGCGUAGAGAGGAGCUCGUGCUGGCGGUUCAGUCUAGUUGUGUAUUUACAUGUAUUGAUCUAGUUCAGGUUUUACUCUAGGAUGAAUGCACCUUAUGUAUAUUUGUAUUUGAAGACUUCGGGAGUUAUUUCGCAGAUGUUAUUAUUGUAAUGUAUUAUUGAUAAUGUGCACUUGUAUAUAAGAGUUUAUAACAGAGAUACUUUACAGUCUAUGGCAAAGGCUCUUGGGAAAAAAGUUUGUAUAUUGUAGACACUUCAGGAUGUUUCCUUUCCAAACUUGGCUAUUUCUUUCUUUUAAAUGUUUUUUAAAUUGUUGUCUUGAAUCCCUCAUUGUUAAUUCUGAGCUUGUAUGAAAAAAAGAAAUUCAAAUUUCUUUUAUUUAUUAUUUUUAGAUUUUGCUCUAAGCAGUCCAGGAUGUUAAUGGUUUGUACAGCAAUGUAAACCAUCU